AAUACCACUGACCAAGUGUAGACGGUUGGGUAUUAUCAUCAUCGUUUGGUCUGCUAAUUGGAUAAAACUCCGUGUAAAGCAUCGUGUUUAUAAUAGAAGGCAGAUCAAGUUAUUGGUUAUAAAUCUCGCCAACGCGAUAGAAUUACCGUAUAAAUACCUCUACAAUUUCAAAUCAUCGAAUCACAUCGCGAAAAGGGUGGAGGAAUGGAAACAGCAUAUUUUGAAAACAUGACACUAUGGAAACUUUAAAUUUAAGCUUUGUGGAACUUAAUACAAUCUAGGAUAGAAACAUAACAUAUGAAAACUGAUAAUUCUGGAAGAAGCACAACAUUGGAAUAGUAUAAACAUUAUAAAGCUUCCAAACUCUCCAAUCAACCACAACAAAUUCCCCAAUGUUGAAAUUAUGCAUGUUAUCACGACAAUUUGGAUCACCAUUUGGACAAUCAGUAUCAUGAUAAAAGCACAAAUUGAACACGAAACCAGUCCAGCUCAAACGCAGGCAAAUCUCUUAAGAGCUAUUUUGUGGGAAGAAAGAGAAUUUGAAGAGAUCGGAAAACGAGCAUACCACACGCUUCCCGAACACGGUGGCCUAUCUGACUGUUGUCCUGUUGUGACUCACAAAACUGACCCAUUAGGAGGUCUUUCUCGAGAUGGAAGACUUCUAAGACUUUAUAGAGACCCACGUACAAUUCAAAGGUUUUACGAGACAUCUUGCGCAGCCGGCGUUUUGAACCGACCAUGUCGGUACGUGGAAAGUAUGUGGCGCUCAAAAUGUGUUCAAAGCUACACCUAUGUUUAUGCUAUUGUGCAGGAUUUUAACACAACACAGCCCUACCGAAUGGAUUACAUGAGGAUAAAGUCCGGCUGCAUUUGCAAAGUUGAUGAUCAACCAUCCAUCGUCGAUAUAACGGACUAACUUUAGUAACCAAAUAUUUAAAUAUCUUCUCUGAAAACGAAACUUUCUAUAGCAUUAAAAAUCUUAUUAUCUUGAAAACGAUCCGAGAGAACAAAGUCAAACAUCUUGGAAUUCCAUUCCAUAGCGAAAAAAGUAUUUCAUUUUUAUGCACCAUUUGCUUUAAAUUACUAUUUAUUUAAAUAUGAUAUUAUACAACAUACAUACAAUUUAUAAGCACUAUCAUUGAUUAUAUGAUAUAAUUUUAAAUAGAUAUGAAAUAUCAGUACACCUUAAGAUAGAAAUGAUAUCAAAUGAUUCUGUUAAUAUUCGUUGAAUUUCCUGGUUUUAUUUGUUAAAUUUUUUAAUCAGGAUUUGCAUAUUGAAAUAUUCUGCAUUUGAUCCAUGUAAAAAUGCUUGUA